GUUUUCUCUUCCUGGGUACUCAAUGCCCAAGGUCCCGCAAACAUGUCGUCUCUAAAGCCUUUGAUGUAUGCAGAGCUGCUCUCCAACAUCCGUCAAGUCUCGGUCAUUGUCGCACUCCAAGAACCAUGUGAUCUGACAACAAACGUAGAGCUUUCAACAGAUGGACGGCGCUUCAUCUUGCGCCACGGCCACAGUGAGGAGUCGUCUUCUUUGAGCCUUCCGGGUCAAGUUUCUCCCAGUUUUCAGCUCCAGAGGCCAGUGUUUGGUGUCAAAGAACUCACAUGGCGACUUCCCCUGGCUGGUGAGCCAACUUGCACAAGCAUGGAUACCAUGCAGAGCAAUUGCGCUCCCUGGUCUGCCAAAUAUCUAGGGAAAGAAACAGAAUUUGUGUGUCGAGCCUGCGGUUCUGAGAUUGUAAAGAAAGGGAGCAUCGGGACAUGGAGAGAUCUCCCUAGCGAGAACUGGGCCGAAAUGAUGGAUUUCUGGCAUUGCCAUAAACCUGAGGUUCCUGACGAGCAUGUUGAACAAUCAGCAGCGAACAGAGGCUACGGAGCUAACACAAAAUUUACUCCCACUCCUGGGAUUGGCUUCGUUGACCUCACCUCGUUUCUCCUCGCUGAUGCGGACUGCCAAAACACGCAGACUAAGUCUUCGCCAGAAGAGACUUCGCAGCAUCAGAGUAUGCUUUGCAAAACCUGUCACAGCUUCAUUGGUUAUAUCGAUCACCGAGAAACAGGAAGCCGAUUAUACAAAUGGCAACUUCGUUCUACCCAAACGUCACAGCCGCUAUUGAAGAGCACCUCACCUGUUUCAUCGACCUUGCCAUCCCUGGCUACCAUCAUUGGUGCACAAUUAGCAGCGAGCAUGCAGUCGCAAGGACUCUCACGCUUCGUACUAUUGCCAGCGCGGUGGAUGCCAACCUCGCAGGAGCCAGCCCAGCAGCCUCACAACCUUUCUCGUUCGAGGAAUGGUUUGUUCCACGCUAUCCCUACUUCUGCCUCUAUAUUCUCUUCUGUAUAUAUGAAUAUACACGACAUGAAUUCCAUGGUGGGCGACACAGCUUACUCGGGCCAAUCACGGCGUUCUUGGCGUUCUACCUAUUUGAGUCUCUGGAUUCUGACCCCCAGCUCAAGAUUCUCAAGAAACACUACGCAGACGAAUUUGACAAGUGGCUCUCCAACGUCCUUGCGGGAAACCGAGAGUGAAUCCGGAACGCUAGCUAUGAAAGUUUUCUGGAAGACAUUGACAGUGGAAGCUGCUGAAAAGCUGGUGGGGAGCAACGGAGUGGAGGAGAUUUUGCUACCAAAUGAAGCGAUCUGUGAAAUCGAGGCUUGCCUUCAGUCGUCCUCUUCGUUUCUGCCACUGAGCGCUCGGAAGUUUCAGGAUUGGGAUGUAGGAUUACUAGAGAGAUACGAAGAAUGAUAUAAACUGGAAUGAGACAAUGGAGUCGGGCAUAUAAAUCAUCAGUGUCAAUGACAUAGCGUGGGGUAGAGAUCUUUCUAGUUCGUGGGUGUGCUUUGUGGUUGUCUUCGGUGAUCUCAGACUCAUCUUCCGUUAGUGCAGAGCACACGGGAACGGCUAGUCUCAUGCCUAUUCCAGAAAAUACUUCUGCUCGAACAUUUUCGCUAAUGCCAAUUGUCCCGGACUUACG